AUGAAUACAAUUAUAAGUAAAUUUAAUAAAAAAUGUUAUUUUAAUUUAAUAAGGAAAUUAACUUUUUAUGAUUCUGUUGUAAUUAAUAAUUUUGAUUUAAAAAAUAAUCAAAAUAUUUUAUUAACAAACCUUAAAAUAAUAAAUAAUGAAAGUCUUUUAUUAAAUAGUUGUCUAAAUUUUUUAAAAAAUUUUGAAAGUUUUUCUGUUAUUUGUUGUGGUUGUAACGAUCCGAAAAGUAAAGUUCAACUAAAAAAGUCAAUAUGGUUUUCAAGUAUUGGUUUAGAAAUGAAAGACUUUGUAAAAUAUUAUAAUGAAAAUGAAGAAUUGAAAACUGAUAAAAUAAAAAUACUUGAAGAAAUUGUAAAAUUAGAAUGUCCAGUAAUAUUGAAGGAUAAAAAUACAAUUUUAAUUGAAAGUGAGAUAGCUCCUAAAAAGAUUGUCAAUUCUGCUAAAAGAAUGAGAUAUUUAUUUAAUAUAUCUGAAAUUCACAAAUUUUCUGGUGAACCUGACUUUUCUGAUUUCACAAGAUUAAUGAUAGGUUUUUAUAAUAUUUGUAAAAUAUAUAUAAAGAGAAAUGAAACUGACAGAAAAGAAUUAAAACAUAUUGUUGAAAAAGUCAACUAUUUUCAUUUUGUUCUCUUUUAUAUUUAUAACUAUUUAUUAAAAUAUAAACAUUUUAAUUACAAUAAUGUAGAAGAGGGGAAUAGAAAUUCUAUAUUAAAAUAUUUAAAAGAGAAAAGAAGGAAUAUGUUUUUGGUAAAAAAUCAAUUAUUACAAGAAAAAGUUUUAAAUAUACCGAAGGAAUAUUCUAAUUCAAUCAUACCAACAAUUAAGGCUAAAAUGAAAAGAAAACAAAAAAACAUUUUUGAAAAAAUACAAAAGUUUAGAAAAAAAUCAAAUGUAUUAGAAGAUGAAGAAAAGUUUAUGUGGGUGGAGGAAAAGGAUGAUGAUUUUGAUGAAAAUAAUAUAAAUCAUUAUAAAACAUAUGAUGAUAAUAAUAAUAAUAAUGAUAUCAUUUGUAAUGAAAACAAUUACAAUUUAAGUAAUAAUGAUGAUAACAGUAUGAUAGAAAUAAAAAAUAAUUGUGAAAAUUAUCCAUUGCUUCGUUUUCAAUAUGUGUUAAAAAAAGAGGAAGAUUAUGAAUCUAAUGAAAUUUUAAAUUAUAAUAAAAUAUAUAAUAAAUACACAAAGUUAUUAGAAAAAAAAGUUUGUAUUAAUUUAGAUGAUCAAAAUAUAAAUGAAGAUAUUAUAAAAUCAGAAAAUGUUCUUUUUAAAAUUCCGGAAGUGAUAGGAGGCUACACUUUCAUUAAUUAUAUUGAACAUAUACCAAAUAAUUAUAUUUUUCCAAUAAAUGAAAAUUUGUAUAAAGGUAUACAUGUUUAUAAAAAAGAAGAAAUAAAUAUAGACAGUCUAUGGAAAAAUAUUGAAAAUGAAACUUUGAAAAUAAGAAAAAUAGGUUUUUUUAAUCCUUUUAAUAUAAAAAAGAAUUUAGAUGAUUUACAACUUAGAAAAAAUAAAAAUGAUAAUAGCAACCUUGAAAAAGAUUAUGAAGAAAUUACUGAUCUAAAAGAUGAUAUGACAAGUUUUCAAGAAUAUAUAUACAACAAAUAUGGAGAAAAAAGAAAACAGGCAAAAAGAAAUAAGUGUAAAGAAUUAGAUAGAAUUUCGUAUAAUGCACCUGUCAACGAAAGUAAUGAUGAUGAGGAUGAACGAUUUGAAUAUUUUAAGAAACUGAAAAAUGAAAAACUCAAGAUAGAUGACAACAUAGAAUUAAAAGAACAAAUUAAUAGCGUUUAUGAUGAUACAUAUAAUGAAAAAGAAGAAUCAAAUCAAAAUUAUAAGCAUACAUACAAUAUAAGAAGAAAAUUAAAUGACGAGAAAAAAGAAUUAGGAACAGUUAUAUUAAGUGAUAUUAAAGAGGAAAAGAGAAACCUUAUUGAGGAUGACCAAAAAGAAUUAAAAGAAAAUUCAUUUUAUAUUUGUAAAAAUGUAAAAUUUCCAGAGUUAAAAAAGGAUGAUCAAUUCAGAACAAAAAAUAGAAACAAAUUCUUGAAUAAUGAACUUCAAAAAUAUAUGCGACCACAAACGCAUAAAAAAAAUUCAAACAUACAUGGUUUGAAGAGUAAAACAAUAGAAUCUCACUCAUCAGAAAAAGGAUCUAAAAGUUUAAAAAUUUUUUUAAAAAAAGAAAAGAAAAAACAUUCCAAAAAAAAUGAAGAUUUAUGUAAAGACAAUAUUUAA